CACGUUAGAAUGGCUCAACCGGAGCUGUUAGAGGUCCUAGAGAAAACCGCAUCGCAAAACCCGAGUGAUCAGAAGUUAGCAUUAGAUUUCUUGAAGCAGGCUUGCAACACAAAUUUUCCGGAAUUCAUAAAACAACUGUCAUUGGUACUGGCUACAAAAACUUGCAGUAAUUUUGUGCGUCAAGCAGCUGGUUUACAGCUGAAGAAUGCUUUGGUUGCUAAGGAGGAAACCACAAAAAACGAUUAUUUAAACAGAUGGCUUUCUUUGCCUGAAGAUGUCCGGCAGUUUGUUAAGGAAAAUGUGAUACAGAUAUUGGGAACGGAGCCUUUUCGCCCAUCCGUAGCUGCGCAGUGCGUCGCUGCAGUUGCAUGUGCUGAAAUCCCUCAAGGACUCUGGCCUAACGUUAUCCAGAUGCUGAUGGAGAAUGUGACAAACGGUUCAGCCUCAGAGUCUUUGAAAGAAUCUAGUUUGGAGGCUCUAGGUUACAUAUGCCAAGACAUAAAUGCUACAACGCUAGAAAGCCAGGCAUGUAUGAUUUUGACUGCAAUUGUUAAAGGCUUGGGUAAGGACGAACCGUCGAAUAAUGUUCGUUUGGCUGCUGCUAAUGCGAUGUUGAACUCUUUAGAAUUUACAAAGAGCAAUUUUAGUGUUGAGAGUGAGAGACACUUGUUAAUGCAAGUCAUAUGCGAAGCGUCUCAGUGUACACAUAUUCCCGUUCGAGUAGUAGCAAUGCAGUGUCUUGUUAGGAUAAUGUCUCUGUAUUAUCAGUUUAUGGAGCAGUAUAUGGGGUUAGCCCUUUUUUCGAUAACAUUGAACGCUAUGAAAAUGGAAAUUGAUGAGGUUGCUCUGCAAGGUAUUGAAUUUUGGUCAAAUGUUUGUGAGGAAGAGAUCGCAUUGGCUGUAGAAGCAGAAGAGGCUCAGGAGCAAGGUCGGACCCCGGAGAAUAUUUCAAGGCAUUAUGCUAAAGCAUAUCUUGUCCCUAUCCUUACUGAAACUCUAGCCCGUCAAGAAGAAACUGAUGACGAUGAUGACUGGAACCCUGCAAAAGCUGCAGGAGUAUGCAUAAUGCUUCUCGCUCAGUGUACUGGUGAUUCAAUAGUUGCUACAAUUCUUCCAUUUAUUCAAGAGCAUUUUAAGAACCCCAACUGGAGAUAUCGCGAAGCAGCGAUAAUGGCUUUUGGUUCGAUCUUGGAUGGCCCUGAUCAGAAAGUACUCACUCAGUUGGUAGAGUCGGCUAUAGGAAGCCUUAUUGAAGCGCUUAUUAUUCCUAUUCUGAAACUGGGACUUCUUAAAUGA